CCUCCUCUCUGUCACUCGGUGUAUUUAUGUGAAGCUCAGCCACAGCUCACUCACUCACUCACUGCUUGCUUCUAAUCAGAGCAGAGACAUGGCCGCCAACCGGGUGAUCGUUUACGGAGGGAGAGGCGCUCUGGGCUCCAAGUGUGUCCAAUAUUUCAAGUCCAAAGGAUGGUGGGUCGCCAGCAUCGACAUGGUUGCAAAUGAGGAGGCGAAUGAAAACGUGAUAGUGAAGAUGAGUGAAUCUUUCACUGAGCAGGCAGGACAGGUGACGACAGACAUGGCUCAGUUGCUAGGGGACCAAAAAGUGGAUGCCAUCUUGUGUGUGGCUGGAGGAUGGGCGGGAGGAAAAUGUAGUUCCAAAGAUUUAUACAAAAAUACAGAUCUGAUGUGGAAACAGAGUGUGUGGACCUCCACUAUCUCCAGCCACCUCGCCGCUCUGCACCUAAAACCAGGAGGAUUGUUGACUUUGGCCGGAGCUAAAGCAGCUCUCUCAGGCACUGGAGGCAUGGUGGGCUAUGGUAUGGCCAAAGCUGCCGUACACCAGCUGUGUAAGAGUCUAGGAGCAGAAAACAGUGGGAUGCCAUCAGGAGCCGCCGCCGUGGCGAUAUUACCGGUUACCUUGGAUACACCGAUGAACAGGAAGUUCAUGCCUGACGCAGAUUUCAGUACCUGGACACCACUGGAGUACAUUGCAGAAGUGUUUUUCAACUGGGCCACCGGGGUGAACCGGCCGGCAUCGGGAAGCCUGAUGCAACUGCUGACCUCCGGAGGCGAAACCCAGGCUGUGGCCACUCAGUAGAGGACAGAGUGGAGCUAUGGAGAUGGUGAUGGGGGGUGGGGUGGGGGGGGGUUGUUGGGGGGAUUGUGGAGUGGUGAGAUAAAGAUGGAUGGAAGCAGAGAGAGAGAGAGAGGGGGAGAGAUGAGGAGAUGGAGAAGCACAGAAAUGGAGAGAGGAGGGGGAUAUGGGAAAGGAGAGCUGGAGAGAUAGGAGGAGUGAUGAAGAGGGGUCGGAGGGUGUGGAGGUGAAGAAGAGGGAUGGUGACAGAGAGGAGCUAAAUAAAAUACAGAGGUGGAGAGGGGAUGGCCAGAUGGGUUUGUUUUGGAGUCGGGGGGGCUUUCUUUGCAAAUGCAGCCUCACAGCUCCAUCUAGCUGUAGAUCAGUACAAUUAUCCCAAUAUAGCAGUCAAUCAGACCGUUAUAUCUUUAACAAUGUUAAUAUAUCAUUUGCCAGUUUAUGACAUACAAUCAAGGGUGAGCUUUUCAGUCUUAAACAAAAAUGUAUUUAAAGUACUCAGAAUUAUUUCAGAGAUCAGUGAAGUGAAAUUGUGCUAAAUGAGAAAUGUGUCAUAUUAAAAUGUGUAUGUGUGGAAGCAGCCACCAGUUAAGAUGCAUAUAAAAUUUGUGACAGUGUUAUUACUAUAAUGUGGAAAUUAACAUUUCCUCCUGUCCCUCGAAAAUGAAUUUCAGCACCUUCUUACCUUACUGUACACUGGCUACAGUAAGUUUCUGUAACAUCUGUAAAAGCCAACACCUACAGUGUCAAUCCUGUGUGACGUGAGAUCCGUAGACAGUUUUUUUAAUUUGCACUCUUUAGAAUCCCUGAGGGUUCUCUGCCACUGCAGAACCUCAAAGUUGAAGAAAGCCGCUGUCUUCUCUCAAACGUACAAUACGGUUUAAAGUGGAGUGGCCUUAUUUUUUGUUUGUAGCUAUCAAGUCAAAGUGUCCUUGAUGUCCGCGGUAUGAAAAAGGUGCUCUGCUCCUGUGGGUUUUCUAAGUCGUGUAUUGUAACUGUCAAAAUUCACAAUAAAAUGAGUCAAAACGAAA